AUGAAAAAAAACGAAGAUCCGCACAAACUGCAUCUAGAAAUCAACGACAACAAGAUAUCAGAAGCCGUGUGUACUUGCAAAGUUGGGUAGGUUAAGGUUUUUUCGUUUUUUUAAUUUUAAUUUUGAUAAUAAAGCACAACAUUAUUUUCGUCACCACGACUAUUCUACCACUAAGAAUACUUAUACACUACAUUGCAGGUUGGCUGGACGUUGCUCUCAUGUCAUCGGUUUAAUCAAAUCCCUUCAGGGACUCAAACUCCACAACUUUAGCCAUGUCCCAGAUCAGCUAAGCUGCACUAGCUUACCUCAGCAGUGGUACAUUCCACGAGGAGACAGGAUUGAACCGGUGCCCAUUAACCACGUAGUUGUUGCACGACCAAAGGAAACCCGGAAACGAAAACUGACACUGUGCCAAAUAGAUCUUAAUAAAAAGUAA